GGCUUUUUUGGCCUCCAGUUCUCUGUCAAUCGUCAAAUGGACUUUGACGAGGUGUACGGUAGUGGAGUGGGCGAAACCCUAACAUUCGUGGAGACUGUAGAUGAUGAUGGACUUCUUCAUGGCGGUACACAAGAUUCCACAUUUGCAUUUGAUCAUCACUUUUCUAUACCAACACAGAGUUCUCAGAACAUUCAUGCCGGUGAGCCCUUCUCUUGCUUCGUUCGGUAUGCGAACUGUGCUGAUAUUCCACUUCUUGAUAUGUUAAGUGUUAAAAUUCCAAUAAUCCAAUUAAUAAUUUGCCGUGUUAGCGUUUUUGGUGAAGUAAAGCGCAAUGCUUACAGUGUUCAAGCCAAUGUUUCCUGGGCUUUUAGAUACUGUGGAAUUCAUGAGUCAAGCUGCGUAGCAAUGUGCACCGUUUGUAAUAGAUGGUUUUGUAACGGCAAAGGAAGUACGUCGGGUUCACAUUUGAUCACUCAUCUCGUACGGUCGCAGCAUAAAGAGGUAUGUCUCCAUCGAGAAUCGCCGUUAGGCGAAACUCAAUUAGAGUGCUACCAGUGUGCAUCCCGUAAUGUGUUCAUGCUUGGAUUCAUCCCUGCUAAGGCUGAUUCUUUAGUGGUAAUUUUGUGCCGACACCCUUGCGCACAAAUUGCAUCUCAAAAAGAUCCGAGUUGGCAAGGCGAAGAAUGGAAGCCGUUGAUCCAUGAAAGACAGUUAUUGUCAUGGAUUGUCAAUGUGCCUUCUGAGCAAGCACAGUUGAGGGCAAGACAUAUCACGUGUGUUGUUUGCUCUGUUAUGAUGACGUCCAUUUUUCACGGUGUAUACUUCUUGACAUUUAGUGCUGCUCAAGCAAGUCGCCUAGAAGAUCUAUGGAAGGAACAUCCAAAAGCUACAGUGGAGGACCUCGAUCGCCCUGGUGUUGACACUGAACCCGAAAGUGUGCUUCUUAGAUAUGAAGACGCAUUCCACUACCGGCGAAUUUUUGCUCCGUUAGUUCGAGAAGAAGCUGAAUUUGACAGAAAGACGAAAGAAUCACAAACCCAAAGUGUCGGACAUGUUCGUUGGGACCAAGGAUUGAACAAGAAACAUCUUGCGUUCUUUCAUCUCCCAAAGUUUAUGGAAGGAAGCAUGAAGCUGAUGAUAGGUGAUGAACUACGAUUAAAGCACAGUCAAACCAUCGAAAGGGAAUGGUCUUGCCUUGGACAGGUCUUCAAAAUCCCUGAUAAUCAUAGUGACGAAAUUGGAAUUGAAAUGCGUGCUGUUGCUUCUGAAAAGAUGCCUACUGAUCCUAGGAUCAAUUUCACUUGCGAGGCUGUCUGGAAUUCAACGUCAUUUGAUCGAAUGUACCAGGCGCUGAGUACACUGGAAAAAGAUCCUCAUUGUGUUUCGCAGUACAUUUUCCACAAGCUAAUGGGCCAUGACAUUGACGAGAUAUUAUUCAAGGUUCAACAACCGAAGCGCUUGUCGGCACCUGGUCUUCCUGAACUAAAUCAUAGUCAAAUGCAUGCUGUGAAAACAGUUCUUAUGAGACCUCUCAGCCUCAUUCAAGGUCCACCUGGAACCGGAAAAACUGUGACCUCUGCUACCAUUGUCUAUCACCUUGUACAACAAACGCAAGGACAGGUCUUGGUUUGCUCUCCAUCCAACAUUGCAGUCGAUCAGCUAGCUGAAAAGAUUCACCGUACAGGACUGAAAGUAUCGUUUUGUUAUCUACUGUACUUUGUCGUUUAUCUUGACUCGUAUACAUCUUUGCAGGUUGUACGUCUUUAUGCAAAAUCAAGAGAAGCUCUUGACACGAACGUGGAAUUCUUAGCUUUACAUGCGCAACUGAAAGCACUCAAAGAAUCAGCUGAGUUGCAGAAACUUCAGCAGUUGAAGGAGGAGAUCGGCGAAUUGUCGGCCGCUGAUCAAGAGCGCUAUAUUAAUCUGAAGAAAAUGAGCGAACAUAAACUUCUUGCGGCUGCGGAUGUGAUAUGUUGCACGUGCUCCUCCGCAGCAGAUUCGCGUUUAUCACGGAUUAAAAUCAAGUGUGUGCUAGUUGACGAGUCUACACAGGCUACAGAACCCGAAGUUCUUGUCUCUAUUGUUCGUGGCGUACGCCAGCUAAUAUUAGUUGGAGAUCAUUGCCAAUUAGGACCUGUUAUUCUUUGCAAGAAGGCUUCAAAAGCAGGGCUAUCUCAAUCUCUUUUUGAGCGUCUCGUUCUUCUUGGGAAUCGACCUAUUCGACUCCAGGUGCAAUACCGUAUGCAUCCAGAACUGUCUUCAUUUCCAAGUAACGUGUUCUAUGAAGGAAGUUUACAAAAUGGAGUUACUCAAACGGAACGUCAGCUUCGAGGAGUCGAUUGGGAAUGGCCUGUUCCUGGUCGUCCAAUGAUCUUCUGGUCUUGUUAUGGUCAGGAAGAGAUGAGUGCAAGUGGUACAUCGUUUUUGAACAGAACAGAAGCUGCAAACGUUGAGAAGCUUGCAAGUAAACUCAUUAGAGGUGGUAUGAGACCAGAACAGAUUGGUAUAAUUACGCCCUAUGAAGGACAGCGAUCAUACAUAGUACAGUACAUGCAUACGCAAGGGACGCUUAACAGCAAGCUGUAUGAAAACAUGGAAAUAGCCAAUGUGGAUGCUUUUCAGGGACGUGAGAAAGAUCUAAUUAUUGUGACUUGCGUGCGAUCAAAUGAUCACUCGGGAAUAGGUUUUCUCAACGACCCGCGUCGUUUGAAUGUCGCUUUGACGAGGGCGAAGUAUGGUUUGAUCAUAAUCGGAAAUGCGAAGGUGCUAGCCAGGCAACCACUUUGGAAUGACCUACUCACAACAUUCAAUCAGAAAAGUGUUAUUGUUGAAGGUCCUAUAAACAACCUAAAGUCUGUACAGAUAACACUUCCUAAACCGAAACCACAACGUACAAAUCCAGCAUAUCCGACUGAUCGGUACGGGAUUCAACGUGCAACCUACACUCUGCGUGAAUACCGUGGAGGUUACUCGAGAGACGCACCUCCAAUGGAUCCUCAUUCUGCUAUUUCUGCACAGUCUUUACGUCAUUCUGCUAAUUUACCGGUUCCUCUACAUAUGCUGCACAUGUUUCCUCCUCCUCCGUUUCCACAACCGCCACAACAAAGGAUGCAACAAGGUCGUCGCAAUAAUCCAGCGUGGCCGCCUGCCCCGCAUGGAAUCGGUGGCCCAUCUGCUCGUAUGGGUCAAUCUCAGGCGGAUUACGGUGGAAUGUAUGCAUCACAGGCAUCACAAGAUCCUCUUAUUGGAGUCGAUGCUUACGGUGACAUAUCCAUGUCAGGAUGGACACAAUCUCAAUCACAAAAUGUUGCGUCAAUGUCUGUGCAGUCACAACGGCCUGCAACUGCAGUUUCACAACAAGAUGACUAUCGACAUAUGGCAUUCAGUCAGGAUAUCGAAAACGAUAUGGCAAAUCUGCUGCUCUCCCAAGGGCCUUGA